AGUCAGCAGUUCGCAGCCGGCUUUUAUGUGAACCGGUCCCCGCGAAGUGAAAUUGAGCUUUCUCGAUUCUAAAUACUUUUACUGUGGAAAUGGCGGGGAAAUUGUGUUACUACUGUGCAGCUGUCGUGUUACUUGCUUUCCUCUUUAUACCUUAUGAUGUAUCAGCGAUUUGGUGUUUCCAGUGCAACUCGCUCCGCCAGCCGGAUUGCGCCUCCAUAGCUCCUAACGACACCAACAGCCUCUACUACAAAGAAUGUCGUCCGCCGAUCAUGCCGAAGUCGCAGAAUCUGUCAGUAAGCGCUCCACCUGCGCCCAACGCCACCGCGAUGUUCUGCAGGAAGAUUUAUCAAAAGAUCCACGACCGGGACGGCUUGGAAGUCGUGAUCAGGACAUGCGGAUGGAUCAAGCACACCAAGCUAGACUGUUACAAAACUAGUUCCGUCGGCCACAAAGAAACUGUCUGCCAGUGUUUUACAGAGGGGUGCAACUCAUCUGGAAGAAACGCCAUCUCUCUGGCAGCCAUAUCCAUUUCAACCUUCUUGAUCGCGAUGCAAUACCACUAAAGGAAUUUAACAAUAAUGUAUUUUCUUGUCGUCAAACAAAUAGCUACAUCAUUUUUAUUUAUUAUAUUUUUAGCUUUUAAAUAAUCAAUUCUUUACGUAAAUAUUGUUUAUACAUAGUUUAAAUUUUGUUGAUAUACCGUCUAGGCGGAAAGAACAAAUUACGCCUUUUCUUUACAUUCAAUCUCUAUGAUAUUUUUCUAUUAUACGGUAAGAAAUGGUUAUCCCUUUUGGGUUUUCAUUCUUUCUUUCAACUGAAGACAAUGUAGUAAAAUUAAGGUUCAGAUUCUUGCUUCCUGAGACCUUACCGAACUAUUUUUCUCUUAUUACAAUUAAAAUCAAAGCAAUUAAACAACAAAAACGUCAAUAAAUAUUUUUUUUACAAGAAUGCAAUAAUUAAACUUAAAAUAAUGUUAUGACAAUGGGAUUAUUGUGAAACUGAUAUUAACGUCACAAAUUAGAGCAAUAAAUUUACGAAUUUGCAUAGUUUAAUAUUUGGUAGAUUCUUGUCUUUCAGUUUUAUUAUUUUUUCAUAUUAUUUUGAUGAAAGGAAUUGUGACAAACCUGGACUAUAUUAAAAUCAUGCAAGGGUGGUUGAGACAGGUCAUGACAAACACCAUUAUUUUUUGCCGGUUUGAAAAGUCCUUGCUGUCAAUUUUUACCUUAAAACAAUUUAAGUCUUGUGCAGGCUAGGCUAGACAGUGUAUAUAAAUAUCUAAUUUAACUGCGGGUUUAGAAGCUUUUUUUGUUUUCUUUGUCCAGCUACUGUAAUCCUAGCAAAUAAGUUAUUAUUAUAGAAUUAAACUAAUAUCCCAUUUAUGAACUUGACUUGCUUUAAAAAUAAUAUAAAUGUUAACUUUAAGGACUAAAAGAAACAUCAAUUCACAUGUACGAAAAUGUAUAAUAUGAAAUCCCAAUGACAACAUACCUGAUCCACAAGUAAUGGAAAUUUGCUGGUCGAUACCUUUUAUUUAAAAUGAAAUAAAAAUGAUACUUCUUACAAAAUAAAAAUACCAUUAAAGUACAAUAUUUAUACUGUUAAUAAACAACUUUUUA